GCCGCCGUGGGAGAAUCCGCUCGCGCGCGAUGUUGGCACUGGGCAGGCGGGUCCUUGACUGGCACCACGUAUUCCCACUUACCUUGUUUGGUUUGGCUAAGUGGACUCCUGUUCUUGGAGAGCAGAAAAGGAAGACUGUUGCUUUGUCAUGUAAACUGACUACAGCCUCCCAGGGAGGGAAGCUUAAGGGAUUAUCUUUUGUUGGACCCAAAAACUGUGUGCAAGAGCCAACAUGCAGGACACAUCUGGUUCAGAAGCUUCCUGAGAAGGUGGACCUGGAGCAAGGGUCCUUGGGACUUGAGGUAGUCAUUAGCUCUCUGCAUGACAUGGGUUUCACUGACACCCACAUUAAUGAAUUGCUCAGUAUACAGCCAGAUGCCAACCACAGACAGCUGCUGGACAUCAUUUCAGAAUUUAUUCUCCUGGGUGUGAAUCCAGAGCCUGUAUGUGUAGCCUUGAAGAGAUGUCCUCAGUUACUGAAACUGCCUAAAGCGCAAAUGAAGAAACGCUCUAGUUAUCUGCGAAAGCUUGGCUUGGGAGAAGGAAAACUACAAAAAGUGCUUUAUGGCUGCCCUGAGAUCUUCACCAUGCACCGUCGGGUUAUUGAUGGUGUCGUCCAGGUCCUCAAGGAGAAGUGCCUGUUCCCAGUGCAGCAAGUCACUGAGAUUUUGUACAGGUGCCCCAAUGUUCUUCGGGAGUGCCCCAAUGAACUGGAAUACAAAUUCCAGUAUGCUUAUUUUAGGAUGGGAAUUAAGCAUCUGGACAUAGUAAAGACUGAAUUCUUGCAGUACUCAAUAAGCAAAAUCAAGCAGAGACACAUUUUCUUGGAACGUCUGGGACGGUACCAAACCCCUGAUAAAAAGGGGCAAACACAGAUUGCUAACCCUUUUCUCAAGGACAUCUUCAGAGUUUCAGAAGCUGAGUUUUUGGCCAGGACAGCCUGUUCUACUGCUGAGGAGUUUGAGGUUUUUAAAAAGCUCUUGACCCGGGAGGAGCAGGAGGAGUCUGAGAGCGGCACAUCUGAUGAGGAGGAGGAAGAUACGGAGCUGCUGUGACGGGGACUGAGUGAAAAGGCCCAGGGAUGUCAAAGAACAUUCUCAUCUUAGAGCUUUCGCAAGCUUCCCUUGGAUCUUCUCAAGAAUUUCUUGCUGACCCUUUUUUUGAUGAAAAAGUUAUGAAUUAUCUUGGGAUGGAGCUCCAUAACCAAGUAGGGGCUGUUUCGGUACGAUCAGUUGUUGGGUUGUGUAUGAGGCCCUGCUCCAUCCUAAAUAAAAGAGCAGUUAAAAACCAGGGUACUCAAU